AGGAUUAUUUUGUUAGUCGUUGAAGUGAAACACAAUCAGUUCUAAAAUGCCUUGACUAUAACAGUGGUCUACAAAACAUGGUGUGGGGGAGAAUAAUUAUUAGGAUAAUUUUCGCGAUUUGUUUGAUAUUACUUGUAGUGACCGAUUACUCAGGAAUUUUACAAAAAUUAAUUGGUGGGAAUAAGUCAGAGGAUCAUCAUGUUUCACCGAGACCAACCAAUCCUGGAUACGGUGAUUCUAAGACCGAUAUAGAUAUUGAUGCUGAUAUUGAAGAAGAAUCUGUCAAACAUUUAGGAAGUCAGACAACGAAGUCAAAAAUAUUGAAGACAAUUAAAAAAGCUUGUUUACCAAAAUUAAUUUGUGAGCUGACAGCAUCCACCCACAAAGAUAAAUUGACCGAUUCUGAAAAGGCACUUUUAAGUCUACUAAGAGAUACAACAAUUAGCACAACUGCUGAGUUGACGUCCAAAUAUCAUUUCGCUGCCCAUAUGGGUCAGCUAAUAAACGGAGUGGACGGAAACGGUUGCCAUAACUUUUAUCCUACAUGCCCUUUUCCAGGAUUGCAGGUUCUUCAGAUGAUGAAAAAAGUUCGAAUGCGUUGAGAUCUUACGAGAAAAGGAAGUCGUCACAUCACAUCGACAAUUUUGGAAAAAUGUUGUUCCUGUUAUGAUUGGACUUUAUCGAUUCGUAGAUUAUCAAAUGAAAAUGGAAUAAUUGCCAAGCAAUUGAAAAUAAUUUUGUCAAAAUUAAGUGCAUAGUACAAAGUGUGUAGUUCUAUAAUGAUUAUUUUUGUUUUUUUCGAGGAUUUGUUAAUUUAGACAUACUUAUGUCUUCCGAAUACUUAUGUAUUCAUCGUCUGGGACUGAAAUUAUGGUCAAAUACAAUAUAAGUAAUAUGUAUAAAUGUAUAACAAUAAUAAUUAUUGUAAGUAAAAUUUUAUUAUUGUUAUACAUUUAUACAUAUUUCUUAUAUUGCAUUUGACCAUAAUUUCAGUCCCAGAUGAUGAAUACAUAAGUAUUCGGAAGCUCGGAAAAUAUAUUGAAGUUAGUCCACUUUGGUGUUUCCUUGCCACGUUCCCAAUAAUAUAUAUAUAUAUAUAUAUAUAUAUAUAUAUAUAUAUAUAUGCAUAUCCUACGCGCCAACUUUUCAUUUGAAUUCUGUGCUAUCAAAAUAUAAAUUUUAUUUUCCAUGUAUUUCAUUGUAUAUUUUCCCCUUUUCAACUAAAGAGUAUAUUCUGUAUACUACUAAAAUAGAAAAUUUUUAUCAUUUCGUUUAAAAAAAAUAAUAAUGUUUUUCACGUUAUUAUUGUCUGCUAGCCAAACCAUCUGAUUAAUAGUUUGCGGUGGAAUAUUCUUAUGCUAAUUGGCUGUAUUCCAGACUUUAUCCUUGAGAAAUGUCAACAUCAAAAAUACCACGGCGCAAGAUUUGGCGAUCUAACUGUUAACUAUCUGGCGUCUGAAUGUUACCUCUCUGUCCAGUACAUUUAAUUGGGGAAGUAAGCUCUCAUCAUUAAAAUAAAAUAGGAUUUUGUUUAUACUUCUGAAACCAGGCAUUUUCAUUCGAUAGGUUCUUAUAUAUUAAAAUGAAAUAUAGGUGGGCCAAUGCACAAUCAACGCAUCCAAUGAGAAUUCCCCGUUGAGCAAUAUCUACAAUUUUCUCGGUUUACCUCCCUGUUCAAUGUUGAUACAUCAAAAAAUAGAAUUGUAUCGGAAGCUGUUUCUCUUCAGUCAAGCUUCUUUGUUUUCCGCAGAAUUUCAUUUUCUAUUCUAGAUCGACUUCUGUUAGCUCCUUCACAAAAGUUUAUUUCUAUGGAAGCAACUUACAAGAGUUUUAUGAUUCGCAUGAUUUUGACAUCAAUAUUGGAUUAAUUACCUUUUUAACGAUUUAAUCUGCUUUGUUGAUAACUUUUAGAGAUAGUACCUAUGUGUCAGUAAAAUAUUACAUUUUACUAAUAAUCACGAUUUAGUUAAUUUAAAAUAUGAAUCAUUAUUGAAAGUUUACAAAAUUUUUAUUGGUUUAAUUCAUAAUUCCCCGUAAAUGACGUAAUUGUUUAGGAACUCUCAAAUAUUGUACAAUAUAGAGAGAGUUUUAUCGAAAUGAGUAUGUACGUACUAAAUGUUUUUGCGCUUCCGUAGUUUUUUAAAAUAAGGAC